UCCAAGCGACGUUAUUAACGCAGAGCUUGGCUCCCCUCUCUUCACUCCCCAUUUUCGCCACCCACAACACAGCUGUUCUUCGUUUUUUCCAUCUUCUUCUUCUUCUUCUUCUUCUUUGUCUUCGUCUUCGACUCCGUCCUUGAUUCUCACUCUCUCCUACGCUUUCUCCUACGGUCUCGCCGGAAGGUUUGGUUCAGAGAACGUGUUUUCAAUCUCCGGCGAGUAUGGCCAUGUACGUACGGGAUCCAUGGGGUGGUCCGCUUGAGAUCCAUGCCGCGGAUUCCGCCACGGACGACGAUCGUAGUCGGAAUCUUCAGGAUGCAGGUCACGCUGCGUAUUCGCGGCCUCUGGACGAGACUCAGCAGAGCUGGUUGCUUGGUCCGUCAGAGCAGAAGAAGAAGAAGAAGUACGUUGAUCUCGGUUGUAUCAUCGUCAGCCGCAAGAUCUUCAUCUGGACCGUCGGAACGAUUCUCGCCGCUGGGUUUCUCGCCGGACUCAUUGCAUUGAUCAUGAAAUUCGUGCCGCGUAACCACCACAAGCACCCGCCGCCGGAUAACUAUACUGUCGCUCUCGGCAAGGCUCUCAUGUUCUUCAACGCUCAGCGAUCUGGGAAACUACCAAAGUACAAUAACGUGUCAUGGAGGGGCAAUUCUUGCCUGCAAGAUGGGAAGGGAACACGAGGAAGCUUCUACAAAGAUCUUGUUGGAGGAUAUUACGAUGCAGGAGAUGCCAUCAAGUUCAACUUCCCCAUGUCUUUUGCCAUGACCAUGUUGAGCUGGAGUGUCAUUGAAUAUAGUGCCAAAUACGAAGCCGCUGGUAAGCUUAGCCAUGUCAAAGAGCUCAUCAAAUGGGGAACCGAUUAUUUUCUCAAGAACUUCAACAGUACUUCUGAUUCAAUCGAUAAUCUCGUGACACAGGUUGGAUCUGGGGCUACUUAUAAAGGAAGUACAACUCCUGAUGACCAUUACUGCUGGAUGCGGCCUGAGGAUAUCGAUUACAAAAGGCCUGUGUCUACAUGUGAUGGUGGUUGCUCGGAUCUUGCUGCAGAGAUGGCAGCAGCUUUGGCUUCAGCAUCCAUUGUCUUCAAGGACAACAAAGCAUAUUCGAAGAAGCUUGUUCACGGUGCUAAGACACUCUAUAAAUUUGCAAGGGACCGGACAGGCAGAUACAGUUCUGGUAAUGCUGAAGUUAGCAAGUUCUAUAAUUCAACCAUGUAUUGGGAUGAGCUCAUCUGGGGUGGGGCUUGGUUAUAUUAUGCUACUGGAAACAUUACCUACCUUCAGCUAAUCACGAAUCCCGAUAUGGCCAAAAACGCUGGUGCCUUCUGGAAUGGCCCAUACUAUGGUGUCUUUAGUUGGGACAACAAACUUGCUGGCGCUCAGUUGCUGUUGAGCCGGCUGAGACUGUUCUUGAGCCCUGGAUAUCCGUAUGAAGAAAUUCUGAGGUCCUUCCAUAAACAAACCGGCGUAGUUAUGUGCUCAUAUCUGCCAUAUUUCAGAAAAUUUAACAGAACAUCAGGAGGCUUGAUCCAACUGAACUAUGGAUAUCCACAGCCUCUCCAAUAUGCUGCAAAUGCAGCUUUCUUAGCCACACUGUACAGCGAUUAUCUCGAUGCUACCGAUACUCCCGGAUGGUACUGUGGACCUAGUUUCUUUCCUACGGACGUCCUACGCAAAUUUGCCAGAUCUCAGAUCGAUUACAUCCUCGGUAAAAACCCUCAGAGCAUGAGUUACAUCGUGGGUUUUGGCCAACGCUACCCGAAACGUGUGCAUCACAGAGGAGCUUCAAUUCCCAAGAACAGAAACCGAUACAGCUGCAAAGGAGGAUGGAAAUGGAGGGACAGCAAAAUGCCGAACCCGAACAUUAUCGUCGGAGCCAUGGUCGCUGGUCCUGACAAGCGCGACCGGUUCCAUGACGUCCGUAACAACUACAACUAUACCGAACCUACCCUUGCUGGUAACGCUGGUCUUGUCGCCGCCCUUGUGGCGUUAUCGGGCGAUAAAGAUUCCGGAUCCAUCGACAAAAACACGAUGUUCUCAGCCGUUCCUCCAAUGUUCCCGACUCCGCCUCCACCGCCAUCACCUUGGACACCUUAAAGAAAGGUUACACACCCACCUUGCUUUAUCGAGUGUGCUAUACAUAUGCAUUGCUUUGUUCACAGCUCCAAUGGCUCGAAGAGAUAAACAGAAGAUGGAGCUACCAAAUACAAGUGAAGGGUUUUAGUUUAGCUGGAUAAAUCUGAUCUGAUAGCUAAAUUAGCGAACAGAACUUGGUAAUCAUUUUUUUAGAUGCGUAUACAUAUAUACAUAUAUAUAUAUAUAUGUAUGUAUUUGUAUGAUAAACAGCCAGGUAUUCUUUGGAAAACAUUGGAUUUUGCUCAUUUACAAUUAGGUACCCUAACAAUUUUGGG